UUAAACCAGUAUCAUUUAAGUACCACCAGGCAUGCUGUCUUAAAAGCUGGUACAUUUUUAAAAGUAUUUAGAGACAAUUUAUAGGCCAACUUAAAAGCUGAGGAGGACCAAGGAAAAAAGCAAUAAAUUUUCCCUCCAUUUAAGAAACGAAACUCCCACAACAACCAAACCCAAGAAUCAUUAGAAAUGAACAAAUUGAGCAACUCAGUGAUCGGGCUACUGAACUUCUUAACGCUGUUAGGGUCAAUCCCGAUCAUAGGGGGAGCCCUGUGGAUGGCUAGGAACAGCACCACCUGCGAGGCGUUUCUGCAGACGCCGCUGCUGGUGCUCGGGUUUUUGGUGCUUUUGAUUUCACUGGCGGGGUUCGUGGGGGCCUGUUUCAACGUUACUUGGGCACUAUGGCUCUAUUUGUUCGCCAUGUUGCUGCUCAUUGCUACGCUUUUGGGCUUCACCCUCUUCGGCCUCGUCGUCGCCAGCAAAGGCGGCGGCGGCGGCGAUGGAGGCGAGCAUCGGUUUGGGGAUUACUCUGUAUGGUUAAGGAAUAGAGUUAAUAAUCCUCAGUAUUGGGGCACUAUUAAGAGCUGCAUUUUGGGGUCUAAUACUUGCAACCAGGUUUCUUCUUGGACUCCUCUUAAUUAUUUACAGAGACAGAUAACUCCCAUUCAGGCGGGGUGCUGCAAGCCACCGGCUUCAUGCACCGAGAACGUUCAAGAUCCCGAUUGCUACCGGUGGAAUGGGGCACCCAACGUGCUGUGCUAUGACUGCAUUUCAUGCAAAGCAGGUGUGCUUGAGACUGCAAGAAGGGACUGGCAUAAGCUCUCAGUUCUCAAUAUUGUCAUGCUCAUUUUUCUCAUUGCCGUUUACUCUAUCGGUUGUUGUGCGUUUCGAAACACCAAACGAGUUCAAACUGAUUACGCACAUGGCGAGAAUCGUAUGAUCAAAAUUCAACCCACAUGGGAUCACAAGAUGCGGAGAUGGUUGGAGGACAGGAAGGAGCUAUACUAACUGUUGAAAUCCCAUCUUCUAUCAGUGUUGGUUUCCUAGAGCUAGAAAAUUCCUAGUGUUUUUCGAUUCCAGUGAAAGGGAAUGGGUAUUUUCAGGGCUUUCUUUUUAUGCUGUAAUCAUAGGCUACUUUAAAGUGCAUGAUGAAGCCUCUCUACUUUUUAUCACAAUGUCGCACUAUUGCUUUCUUUUUUGCCUUUGAAAAUUACUCAACAUUCAAUAGCGACAUGUGUAAAGUUUGCCAA